AUGGAGAACAUCCGAGUAAUCAAGGGUUCAAAUGACCCGUUUGACCCUUUUGGUUCUGGACAAACAGCCAAUCAGAAUGAAGGAUCUGGUGGGGCUCUUCUUGACCUCGAUUUUGAUGCACAGGUUUCUACAGACAAUGGUAGUAGUGGAAAAGUGAAUUUUGAAGCAAACACAAAUCCUUUGUACGAAUUUACUAACUCUGAAAGUAAAAUGGAGAACGACUCUUCAAAUACCCUUCUGGAAUUCAAUAAUGAACCAGUUCAAAAGGAAGUUAAAUCAGAACCAUCAAAUUUACUGUAUGAGUACAUGCACAAUGACGGAAGUACAAAUGGACAUGCUGAAGAUGGAUUAACAAAUGGUGGGGGACAAGAAGUGGAUUUAUUAGGGGGUGCGGAUCUGUCAGGAGGGGAUGCAUCUGGGGGAGGGGAUUUAAUGGGGGAAGAGGAGUUACUAGGGGGUAAUGAUACAGAAAAUAAUGUGGAAGAUAGUGGAGACCUACUAGGAAAUUCUGGACCAGUUAUUAGUGAUGAUUUUGGAGUAACAGAAGAUGCCAACAUCAUUGAUGAAAAUCAACAAGGGGAGGAAACUCAGACAAGAAGUAGAUCAAAUAGUGAAAACUCUGAACCAGAACAGGACGAAAGUGCUCAAAAACCAUCUGAGCCAGUUUCAGAACAGGAAAAAGUUCCAGAAACUCAAAAUGGACCAGUUGAUGAACUAGCUGAUGAAGGACCAAUUGAAAACCAAGAGACAGUCAGUCCAACUCAAAAUGGUGUUGAAGAAGAUGAGGUUGAUACCAAGACCAUGACAGAAGUAUUAGGUGAAGGGACCAGUGAAAUGAAUGAAGAGAUUGAGUCUGAAAAAGAAGCAGAAGUUGGAGAAUCAAUUGAAGACAAUCAGAAUGCAGCUGCAGAUGAUGACAAUGUAGCUGAAGACAAUCAAGAAGUAGAAGCUGAAGCAGAAAAAGCACCUGAGGUAAUUGAACCUGAAAUAGAACAAGAAGAAGCUCCUGUUGAAGAACAGGUUCCUUCCGAAAAACCAGCUGCUGUUGAUGAACCAACCCCUGCUGAAGAACCAACUCCUGUUGAAGAGCCAACUCUUGUUGAAGAACCAGUUCCAGAACCAGCCCCUGUUGAAGAAACAGUACCUGAGCAAGCUCCUGUUGAAGAAAUAGUGCCUGAGCAAGACCCAGUUAAAGAAACAGUACCCGAACAAGCUCCUGUUGAAGAACCAGUUUCUGAACAAGCACCAAUUGAAAAACCAGCCCCUGUUGAAGAACCAAUUCUUGAACAAGCUCCUGUUGAAGAACCAGUUGUUGAACAAGUACCAAUUGAAGAACCAGUUGUUGAACAAGCACCAAUUGAAGAACCAGUUGUUGAACAAGCACCAAUUGAAGAACCAGUUCCUGUUGAAGAACCAGUUCCAGUUGAGGAACCUGCUCCAGUUUUGGAGGAAGCUGUAAAGGAGGAGAUAAGGGCAGAACCAGAUACUGUGGAUAUAGGGGUUACUACAUACAAAUCAACAAGUUUUCUGGUUCUAAGUCCGAGCUCUGAUCACUCGGUCGUGGAAAGUUUUGGUAGAUUACGAGAGGAUGAAGAGCCAGUUGCAGCUGAACAGAGGACAGCAACAGCAUAUGAAACAAGAGAAAGUGUUACAGAUGAAAAUGCCUUGAAAGUUAAUGGCACAAGUGAGGUCAGUGAAAAUGGGAUAUCGGAGGAAGAAGCGGUGAGAGAUCCGAAUAUAUUUCGGGAGACCCGCGAGAAGGAGGAGGUACAUUUUGCUGAGAUGAACAAUGUUCGUGAAAAAUUUGAAUCUGGAGGAAAGAAGGAUGAUGAGCCUUCACCACGUAGGGUAGCGGUCAAAGAUGAGUAUGAUGAAGGAGGAGAAUUUGAGAACGAGCCGGUUCCCAACCCUGAUGUCAUUAAGGAAACCGACCAUCCUAAAGAGGAAUUACCAGAAAUCGGAACUGCUAAAAAUCUUGUGAAUCGUUUCAAAUCUAUACAAGAAGAAAAGGCAAAACCUGUAGCUAGUGGCAAAAGAAUAUCUCCUCCUCGUGACUCGGAAAAAGUAGAAUAUGAGAGUCAGCCCACAGAGCAUUUACCACAGUAUGAAGGAAAAACCGAUUCCGGUGUGUUUGAAAGUGAACCAAAAGGUCAUGAAGAUGUGAUAAGGUCAGGUGAUCAAGCAGAGGAUUACAAACCAGAACAAGGUUAUGCUAAAAACAUUAUGAACAGAUUCAAAGAGAUUCAGACAGAAUCAAGUCAGUAUAAACCCCAUGAAAAGCGUGAAAUAACACCAGAUAGGUCUGGUAAAGUAGAAUAUGUAAGUGAACCACGCGGUGAACAUAUAGUUUAUAAUGAAACACAGACUGAAGCUGGUGUGUUUGAAAAUGUGCCAAAAGAGGAGGAAGAUGUUGUUCGUUCCGGUGAAAAAGCUGAUGAGAUUUUACCAGAAGUUGGUAUGGCAAAGUCACUUCUUUCAAAAUUCAAGCAAAUGGAAACAGAAGUUGGUCACAGGCCACCACCCUCACCAAAAAGGGAGACACCUAAAAAACCAGCAGAGUUUGUCAAUUCUCCAAGAGGUUACCUUGAAAGAUAUGAGCCCACAACAGAAGCUGGUGAGUUUGGAAAAACCCUUUGCGAAAGAGGGGAAUUAGUUUUCGUCAGGGGGGAAUUUUCCCAAAGAAAAAGUAUUCCAGAAGUAAAAAAGGCAAGAAAAAAAAAGGGGGAAAGGCAAUCGGAAAGUGGUAUAUUAGAAAGCACACCACAAAAGUCAGUGGCAGACGUAUCUAGAGAAAGAGAGGCAACUCCAGAAACUGAAUUGCCAGAGCAAGGGUUUGCGAAAAACCUUGUUUCACGUUGGAAACAACUAGAAUCAACUUCCAGUAGUGCCAAAUCAACAUCAUCCACAUCUCCUAGGUUUAAGGAAUUUACACCACCAAGGGAUAGUAGGGGUCCAAUGAGUCCAAAAUCGCCUGCAGGUGUUACAAAUGGCGUACAUCCAAGCGAGCUUCCCGGACAAUACCAGCCCCAGGAAUCCACCGUCAUUCAUGAAAACAAACCAGAAGUUAAACAGGAUGUUUAUCGUGAGGCAGAUACCGAUUGGACAGAAGGUAUGCCAGCACCAAACACAACAUCUUCCAUCCUUCAAAGGUUCAAAAGUAUUCAAGAAGAGGCAAAGGAAAGUCAAAAAACUCCUGAACCAAUUCACAAAAAGGUGAGUUUUUAG